CACAUGAUUUUAUAGCAGACCUUGGACAAAGCCGGGCUACGCAGGGAGUCAACGCUUCUCUUCAAACUUUGAGAAGGUGCAUUACCACAAACUUCGAGUAUGGCCAACAAAACCACCCCUCUUCUUUUCCGGGCACUGGUUAAGAUGUCUGAAGGAAAUCCCAACAAAGCAAAUAUCAGACACCUGGGCACCUGUGGGGCACUGUCAGAACGGCGUGCCACCCUGCUCCUGUCCUCCCCCCUCCUCCGGUCUACACCCUCCCGCAGCUUCAUUAACCUGGCUGCCGCCAUCACUGCCCGCAGGAUGGAGUACUCUGAGAGCCGCAUACUAGGGUACACUCCAGAGCAGAUGUACAGUGUGGUGGCCAGUGUGGACCAGUACCAGCACUUUGUCCCUUGGUGUAAGAAGUCCCGGGUCGUGAAGGGAAGGAACGGGGAUGUCCGGGCCCAGCUGGAGAUUGGGUUCCCCCCCAUCGUGGAGCGUUACACCUCGGAGGUCACAAUUGUCCCAAACCACCAAGUCAGGGCCGUGUGUACAGACGGAUCCCUCUUCAGCCACCUGGAGACGAUAUGGAGGUUUUCCCCUGCCGAGGACCAACCAGACUCCUGCAACAUCGAGUUCCAUGUAUCCUUCGAGUUCAGGUCCCUGCUGCACUCCAAGCUGGCCACCUUGUUCUUUGACAAGGUGGUGAAGCAGAUGGUGAACGCCUUUGAGUCACGGGCAGCCAAACUAUACGGGUGCCACCACGCCCCCCUCCAGGAGGCGCUAGCAAGGAGGCAAGCAGCAUAAGGAGACCCCUACCUGGCCCCCCACUCACCGACCAAUGGACUGAAAUAAGACCCGCUCACUACCACCAUCACCACCUGAAACCCCUCACCACUCAAUUUCAACAUGGUAGUGCCUUAUGCAGGAGACUGGGUCUUCUCGUUUGGAUUUUGUUCUUAUGUACACAAAAGCACUUAUUUAUUUGCACUACAGAAACUUUAAUUUAUUUAUAAUAAUAAUAAUAAUAAUAUGCCAUUUAGCAGACGCUUUUAUCCAAAGCGACUUACAGUCAUGCGUGCAUACAUUUUUGUGUAUGGGUGGUCCCGGGGAUCGAACCCACUACCUUGGCAUUACAAGCGCCGUGCUCUACCAGCUGAGCUACAGAGGACCAAGGAUUUACUUGAAUGUACAUACUAUUUUUAUUUGGGAUGGAAGUGGAUGUUUGUUAUCAAAUGUUCAUGUUUGAAAGGGACCUUCUUAUAUGUCAUUUAGCAGAUGCUUUUAUCCAAAGCGACUUACAGUCAUGUGUGCAUACAUUUUAGCGUAUUUUUUCUUAUUGAAGUUACAGAAGAUGAAGUGACUCCUUUGCGGUGUUCAAAAACAUCUGAGAGGUCAGCUUUUCCUUCUCCGACACUAAUACGAUUAUUUUGGUGUGUGAAUGGAAAAUUAAAAAGCUCAUAUUUUGCUAAA